UGGCCAGCAUGCCGCACCAGUACGGCGCGGGCGCGGGCGGGAUGGCGCAGGGCCCGCCGUCCCCGCCGCCGCAGCACGGCGCGCUGUACCCGCGCUACGCCAGCGCCGCAGGCCCUGGCGCCGGCGCCUACCGCCCCGAAGAGCGCCGACUCACUCGUGAAGCCAUGGAACGAUACUUGCGUGAUCGUUCCGAUAUGGUCGUUGUCAUUUUACACGCUAAAGUCGCCCAAAAGUCUUAUGGAAACGAAAAAAGGUUCUUCUGUCCGCCUCCUUGUAUUUACCUUUUCGGCGAUGGGUGGCGGCUGCGACGCGAGCGCAUGCUGCGCGAAGGCGAGACCGAGCAGGCGUCGCAGCUCUGUGCCUUCAUCGGCAUAGGCAACUCAGACCAGGACAUGCAGCAGUUAGACCUGAACAAUGGCAAGCAGUAUUGUGCAGCUAAAACUUUGUACAUAUCAGAUUCAGAUAAAAGGAAACACUUCAUGCUAUCUGUUAAAAUGUUUUAUGGUAAUGGACAUGAUAUAGGCAUUUUUAAUAGUAAAAGAAUAAAAGUUAUUUCAAAACCAUCAAAGAAAAAGCAAUCCUUAAAGAAUGCAGACUUGUGUAUAGCUAGCGGAACAAAGGUGGCGCUCUUUAAUAGACUGAGAUCACAGACAGUAUCAACGAGGUACUUGCAUGUGGAGAAUGGUAACUUCCAUGCAUCAUCCACACAGUGGGGUGCAUUUACGAUACACCUUCUGGAUGAUAAUGAAAGUGAGUCUGAAGAGUUUGCAGUAAGAGACGGUUAUGUACACUACGGAUCUACUGUGAAGCUUGUCUGUUCUGUAACAGGCAUGGCAUUACCUCGACUUAUAAUUAGAAAGGUGGACAAGCAAAUGGCAUUACUGGAAGCAGAUGACCCUGUGUCACAGCUGCAUAAAUGUGCAUUCUACAUGAAAGAUACGGAGCGGAUGUAUCUCUGCCUAUCUCAGGAGAGAAUUAUCCAGUUCCAAGCCACGCCGUGCCCCAAAGAGCCAAAUAAGGAAAUGAUUAAUGAUGGUGCUUGUUGGACUAUAAUAUCCACUGAUAAGGCUGAAUAUCAAUUUUACGAAGGCAUGGGACCUGUCAGGUCUCCAGUGACGCCUGUGCCCCUAGUACAUUCACUGAAUUUAAACGGCGGCGGCGAUGUGGCCAUGCUGGAGCUGGCGGGGGACAACUUUACGCCCUCACUGCAAGUGUGGUUCGGUGACGUUGAGGCGGAGACCAUGUACCGAUGCGCAGAGUCCAUGCUGUGCGUCGUCCCGGAUAUAUCUCAGUUCAGGGGACAGUGGCUGUGGGUGCGACAGCCCACGCAGGUGCCAGUAUCGCUGGUGAGGAACGACGGUAUAAUAUAUGCGACAGGUCUGACUUUCACGUAUACGCCGGAGCCCGGACCUCGGCCGGUGUGUCCGCCCGUCGACGAUGUGAUGCGCCCCGAGCAGGCCUGGCACCACGACGCCAUCGCGCAUCGCCUGCCCGACAACAUACAAUAGCAGGAGGACUGCAGGCUCGACAGUCUGCGGUGAUAAACCUUACCGGUCUCUACAGGGUGGACUCCUUGCCAGUGACAACUUUAUCGGUCUUGUGUGGCAGAUUCUAUGACAGUGCAGUGACAAUGCUACCGAUCUCUGAAGGGCGGAUUAGUUGACAGUGACAACCCUACCGGUCUCUGAAAUGGGGUCUUAGUGGCAGUGUAGUGACAAUCAUACCAUCCGUUGCUGUAUGGUUCUAAAAGGACUAUCCAAAGAGUUAUAAAUAGUUGGUGAACUAGAAAGUGUUAGAUUUGGUGAGUGAGGACAUUAGUAUGUUAGUUUCUAUAGUGCCUGUAAUAUUCGCUUUAUUUGACCGGCCGGAAUUAUAAUUCAAACAGUCACAUUAUAUGUGCCAAUGUUUUUCGCUGCAACUUUAGUUCGGUCAAAAAAAAUUUACGAAGUCUAUAAAUAAUUUAUCGUAAUAUAAAUCCCUCGAAAACCGAAUUUCUGAAUCGAGAUUUUUUAAAAAAUCAGCUUAUUUAUAAUAUUUUGGAUUAUAUUACGAUCAGUAAUACAAUAGGAAGCUUAGGAUAGUGGUACGGCGCGACUCAAUAGCUUUGCCGUUCAGUGUCUAGAACAUUCGCUAAGCGAACGGUAUCAUUAAAUUACGACAGUCCUUGUCUAAAACUAUACUUAAAUUUAGGUUUUUUUUUGCGAGAUUACGACACCAAAAUGCUAUAUACUAAGAUAGUUAACUUUAGAAAAGCAAUACGAUUUAUGUUUUAACGAAUUAUUUUUAUUUUAGACGUUUGGUUUUAAAAAAAUAU